GGACGAUCCAAUGUCCAUAUGUAUACACGUCUAGGUGUCUCUAUAGGGGCUACGAGCUUGUGUCCAAAGAGAGGGAGAGCCGAGGCGCGCGUAAACUCGAAGAAAAAUACAUAUUUUAAUUUGACGAGCAUCGUUCGCCAGCGCGUCCUACGAAGUUUGUCCUGUGUCCAAGGAGACGAGCCUCCGCGAGGCACAUCUCCCCCCCGGGUGACGGCCAGCGGGUCUUGACCAUCCGCUCCGUCGUCUCUCCCCGAGGUCCGGGCUGUGGUGCGCGCCUCCAUUAGUUUCGGGAAGCCAUCUUGACGCGUCUCGUCACCGCUCCUGGUUUUCCAAGCUGUCGUCGCGACUCGCGGCUCGAUUAGCCCGAAUUGCCGCGAUAAACGCGCGCCGUGACCUUUCCCCGUGUUUUUCUCGCCGAUUUAUCCCAAGGUUCGGGAUCGUCGGCGCGAUUGGGGCGAAAUUUUUUUCCAAGGUGCACGUAACGAGUAUACAAAGGUGCAGGCCGCGAGUGUGUGUGUAAUGUUGUAUUUUUGUACAUAAAAAACAGAAAAAGAAAAAAAAAUUCAUCCAUUUUUUGUUGUUUUCUUGUAAAAUUUAUUUGUCGAUGUGUGACAAUUUGUUUGUAAAAUUUGUUUUGGACUCUACCCUUGAACCAUUGUAAGAUAAAAACAAUUGCUCUUUUUUUUUUUCAUCCAUAUUGUACUGUUGGUUGGCUGUAUUGUUGCGCAGUUGUUCGAUACGCGAGAAAUAAUGUUAUAAAUAAUGAUGACGAUGACGAUGAUGAUGAUCGAACAACGGGCUCAAACACACAGGAAGCACAACUUGACGCAAUAUUGUGAAAAUCAAUGCUCUGUAUAAUCUCUCUGUCGCUCGGCGUCCAAUGACAAAAGUAAAUAAUUAUCAUAAUUAUUGCUUUUUUUUUUCAUUCUUUCAAUAAUAAAUUAUUUUUCUCUAUUCACUAAUGUUGUACUUUACAAGUAUACAUAUGCAUAUAAAUAUAUACACACAUGAUACAAUUUUUCGUGUAACAUCCUGCAAAAUAUCGACGAGUCGUAAUGAUUUAGUAUACAUGCAUUAGGUGAAAACGUAGAGGCUCGGCUCUCUUGAAACGCAAGAGAGUUAAAUCAACGGAAGUGUCAAGCACAAUGGCUAUAUGAAUAAUAUUUUUCCCACAAUACAGGUGCCAUUAUUCCCCGCAAGCAAUGGAAGUUUCUCGAACAUCAAGUGCCUACGUGACGAAGCGGGCGUUUCGUCAAUUUACUCGAGUAGUCCCCAGGCCUGUAUAAAAAUGGCCGACAGCAUCGGGCGACGCGUCAGUUAUUCUCGCCUCUUCCUCGGCUCGAACGCAUCGUCGUCGUCACCAUCCUCGCGCGCAUCCGUGUACCUCUACGUAAUAACAAACAAAAGAAAAAGAAACGCGUAGUACCGCAACACGCGCGUGGGGCUCGUUGUUGUCGUUCUGCUACUGCCUCGAUCUCUCGAUUCAGCACUGAUGUUGCUAGUAUUGAGAACUUCUGCUGGUAGCACGGAGACCCAGUGUUGUAUGCAGGGCUGACAAUUAACCCGCUACCAUUUGGUAGAUGAAGUCUUGUCAACCUGCAGCAGUUACCUGCUACUUAGCAUUUAUGAACAUUUUACAUGUCAAAAAAAAUCGAAAGCAACAUGCAGCAGGUGGAUUCUAUUACACAGAACAAUUCGAGUGUGUAUGAAUUGCAGUUAGAUGUGGAGGAGCGAGAAAGGCUGUGUAAUAUACCGAAGACGAGCGCUACUGGCAAGACCGCGACGGCGCCAGCCGCUCCACAGAAAGAGCCGCCUCCACGGGAAGAGCCUGUUGUGGAGCCGGUUAAUGGCAUUGUGCAGCCACCGGUAGUGCCACCACCAAAUCGGCUUGGCCGAAACACAAAUCAAUUGCAAUUCUUGCAAAAGGGUGUACUCAAACCAGUAUGGAAGCACCAAUUUGCGUGGCCCUUUCAGCAGCCCGUCGACGCGAAAAAGCUCAAUUUACCCGAUUACCACAAAAUUAUCAAACAACCAAUGGAUCUGGGUACGAUAAAAAAGCGUCUAGAGAACCAGUAUUACUGGAGUGGCAAAGAAUGUGUUCAAGACUUCAACACGAUGUUCACAAACUGCUAUGUGUACAACAAGCCAGGCGAAGACGUCGUGGUCAUGGCACAAACCUUAGAAAAGCUAUUCCUAACAAAAGUUGCACAAAUGCCAAAGGAAGAGGUCGAGCUAGAGCCGCCAAUGCCGAAGGGCCCGAAGGGCAAAAAGCCCACGUUGGGCCGUGUCGGUGCCGUUGGCAUGCUACCUGGAGGCGCGCUGAAUCGCGGAAGGCCAGCCUCGGUUACGGCGACGAUUCCGUCAAGCCUGCCCAACAGUUUAGUCCUGACGCAGACACCAGGCGCACUCGGUUCUAUUCCUACGGUGGCCGGUCUGACGUCCCAAGGGCUUGCACCGCCUACCAUGCCUGGCAGUAAUGCCACGACGAUAGCGCCACUUCCGGGACCAGCACCGACCAUACCCGGUGUUACGGCAAUGACGGGGCACAACUCCCUGCCAACGCCGAUCGUGCCUCCGGCGACGAACUACCAUGCUCAGCCGGCUAUGGACACGUCCGUGGUGCCGCCUCAGGUACCUACGAUAGCGACAGUAAUGCCUCCCUCACAACCCGCCAAAGUCAAAAAAGGCGUGAAGAGAAAGGCUGAUACAACGACACCUACAUCAAACGCUUUUGACGCAAUCUAUGCUCCAAUUGAUUCAAAGAUUGCCAAGAUCCCGGCAAGACGAGAAUCCAGCAGACAAGUCAAGAAGCCAACGAGGCAAGCAGAAGACGGCCUGGUACCGUUCCAUCCGGCCAACAUGCCCAUGAUUGGAGCUAUGGCCCAACAGCCUCAGCAUGUGGCUGGAAAGUCGAAAGACAAACUUUCAGAUUCUCUCAAAUCGUGUAAUGAGAUCUUGAAGGAAUUGUUUUCGAAAAAGCACUCUAGUUACGCCUGGCCUUUCUAUAAACCUGUCGAUGCAGAACACUUAGGCCUUUAUGAUUAUCAUGAGAUUAUUAAAAUACCCAUGGAUCUCGGCACUGUUAAGUCAAAACUGGACAAAAGAGAAUACAAUUCAGCAUCAGAGUUUGCUGCCGACGUCCGGCUUAUAUUUACAAAUUGUUACAAAUACAAUCCUCCAGAGCAUGAUGUUGUUACUAUGGCAAAGAAGCUCCAAGAUGUUUUUGAGAUGAGGUACGCUAAGAUUCCUGAUGAGCCAACAGCCAGUUUGAUGGGUAUGAAGCAGUCAGAAAGUAGUGGUAGCAGUUCUCCCUCUGAAGACACGUCCGAGACGGAUGAUUCCGAUGAGGAAAGAACGCAAAAGUUGGUUGCCUUGCAGCUGGAGUUAAAGGCAAUGCAGGAACAGAUGCGUAAACUUGUCGAGCAGAGUGGCAAAAAGAAGGACAAAAAGAGGAAGCUUGACAAAAAGCCCAAGCUUAUGAACAGCAAGGAUUUGAUGGCAGGUGGACAUAGCGGUGCCAUGAAGGAGUUGAUGAAAUCUGGCAGUGCUUUACGAGGAGUGUCAGACAGCGUCGGUGCUACUCUACAAAAUGUUUCUUUAGGAGCAGACUCUUACUUAACAUCUCAACACAGUUAUUACCCACACUACUUUAAUUACGGUGGUCCUUAUGCCAAUCUCGUAGGUCACCACUUGCCUCCGAGCUCGGCUGCAGCGGCAGCAGCAGCGGCGAGUGCUGCGGCCGCAGCCGCAGUCGUGGGUGUUAAUGCCAAGAAUCAAAAAGGAAAGGGUAGGGGUCCGAAUAAGGGUGUGACAGCGGCUAACGCUGCGACUAAGAGGCCGAAGGCUAAUAGCCGUUCAACUGGUACGAAAAAGAAAAAUGCUGCCAGUUUGCCGGCCCCGGCUUUUGACUCGGAAGACGAGGAUAAUGCCAAGCCUAUGUCUUAUGACGAAAAGCGGCAGCUUAGUUUGGACAUAAAUAAACUGCCAGGAGACAAAUUGGGUCGCGUUGUUCAUAUCAUACAAUCGCGAGAGCCGUCGUUGAGAGAUUCCAAUCCUGACGAAAUUGAGAUCGACUUUGAGACGUUGAAGCCUUCAACACUUAGAGAACUCGAAAGCUACGUUGCCUCUUGCCUUCGAAAAAAGCCACAUAAAAAAGUCAGUGGUAAAUCCAAAGAUGAACAAAUGGCAGAGAAAAAACAAGAGCUGGAAAAAAGGCUGCAAGAUGUCACAGGGCAGCUUGGAAAUGUCAAAAAAGCUCAGAAGAAAGAAGACAGUAGUAAGUCAGUCGAUGUGGUUGGUUCUGGAGGUGCUAGUGGGCCUUCUAGAUUGUCAGCAUCCAGCAGCAGUAGCAGUAGUGACAGUGAUUCCAGCAGUAGUUCAAUGUCGAGUUCUAGUGAUUCCAGUGACUCCGAAGCAGAAAAUGCAGGCAGCAGACCGCCUCGUAAAAAGGCAAAGAAAAUGCCUCCUGGUGCUACGUCAGUGGCUCCCACAGCGACGUCAACACCUCCUAGCACUGUCACAACGGCAACAAACUUAAAUCAUACUGGCAAUAUGAUGUUGAAUAGUCAAGCGUCAUCCAACUCAACGGGACCAGCGUCGAAGGCUACCGCCAUUGCGCAGCCUAGCAAUAAUCCCGCUGAUCAAGAUCUGAACACAUCCGAGUCUCACGGCAAGAUGACCGGCAACAGCAGUAAUAGCAGUCAGCAGCAACAACAGCCAGCAGUCGUAGCGCCACUGAGCGCGAGCUCUGCAACACCGGCCGCCGUAACUCCAGCAGUGAUGGCGACGCCACUGGCUCACGUCUCGAUGCCGGCCCAACCGUCGCGGCCCUCGUCCCUAGCCACAGCUGCCCCCGUUAAAAAGACUCCAAUUGUACCGCCAACGGCGUUGCAGACGAGUACUUCGCAGCAACAAACGCUGCCGUCGUCGAUCCCAUCGAGCCAAAGCUUGGCCAAUGCCACGACGACAGCAACCCCGGCCAGGCUAACGCCUCCGGUGGCAGUUAGCGUUGCUCAGCAGCAACAACAGCCACCUCCCGUGACGUCGCCUAUCGUGGCGCAGACGGUCGCUCCGGCGCCGAUUAGCUCCUUUGCCGGUGUCGCGACCUCCCUUGGUAGUCAACACCAACAACAGCAGCAGCCGCAGCAACAGCACGAUUCUACCAGCAGUAUUGUUGGUCAGCAGCAGCAAUCGGAUUUGCUCCAGUCUUUCAAUCCUCUAGCAUCGGUACCAACAACGACGCCACACCCAUCACUCGAUCAGUCCCUUGCCUCGAAUCUAUCAAUGGUCGCCUCGAAGAAGGAUCAUCAGCAGCACCAACAGCAGCAGCAGCAGCAGCAGCAACAGCAAUCUCACCUGUCGAUGCUCCAAUCGAUGGCCCACCAGCCAGCCAACAACACCAACGCCAGCAUGUCGAGUUUACUGUCCAGCGACAUGAAGAGCAUGAUGUCCAGCCUUGGUUCGAACUUGAACCUCGGUAACCUUAACAUCAACGCGGCCAUGAAUUUGGGCCACCAGAGCAUCUCGCACAUGAUGCAAAACCAAAUGCAGCUCGAGUGCCUGAUGGGCGUCACCUCGCCGCUCGGCCUUCAAAACAGCCACGUGACACCGACCUCGAUGGCAGCUUCGAUUCACCAUCAGCAGCAACACUCGAACGGCUUCUCGGGCAUGAAGAGACAGGACAGCUCACCACCCGGUGGUGGUGGUAGUGGUGGUGGCAUGCUCAACAACAACAACGGCAGCAUGCCCGGCCUCAAUAUGAACCUUAACAUGGGCAUCGGCUCGAUCUUUGAUCCGCACUCGAAAGUCAUGCCCAUGCAGAUUCAGCAGCAGCUGCAGAUGCAGCAGAAAAAGAGCGACAAGGCCGCGGCGGCUGCGGCUAUGAGCCAACAGCAACAGCAGAUGCAUCAGAAGAUCGAUGCCGGGACAUUUUUUGAAGAAAUGACUGCUCUAGGGAUACCACCGAUAAGCAACCACGCCACCUCGCAAUUAUUACCAGAUAAACAGCAUAACGCCCAGGCUGAAUCGAAAAAUGCUACCUCAAACUUCGCUUCGGCAUUUAAAAAUAAUAAGAUCACUGAUCAGCAGCCAAAGCUCAAUCACUCGUCCUGGUCUUCGUUAGCUCGAGCCUCAAGUCCGCAUACGGUAGCGGCAACGAGUACGAAAAACACGAGCGAGGCUUUCCAGCAGUUCAAAAAGCAAGCCAAGGAAAAACAGGACAGGCAACGAGCGCUGAUUGAACGUCAGCAAAAGGAGCAGGCGGAACGCGAGCGAUUACGCCAAGAAAAGGAGCGCCGUCAGAAGGAAGAAGGGGAGGCUGCUCUGGAAAGGGCGCGCAAGACUACUUCUCCGUUAAGCGCGUCGCCGGCCUCGUCGAUAUCGACGCCACGACGUGACCCGGUCAACAAAGAGGAGACCGAUAGCAAUAGUCCCAGCCAUUCGGCUAGUCAGGGAAAGUCUGAACGCGAACGUGAACGCCAUAGGUUGAGGGAGCAGGAACGACGGCGACGUGAAGCGAUGGCUGGACAAAUCGACAUGAAUAUGCAGAGUGACAUGAUGGCUGCCUUUGAGGAAUCAUUGUAAUGUUGCAUUGAUCAACUGUAUUUAUUAGAUUUUACUUGAAACUUUAUCUUUCAAAACUUCACAAGUAAAGCUUCAGCUUAAUUUAAAAGAGUUAACGAGUUUUCUAAAAAAAUACUUGGUAAAUUUAUAAUGUGACAGAGUGUUACGUACAAAGACGUAUCUUUUCUUUCACCUCUUUGUAAUCUAAAUAAAUUUGACGCCAUAAAAAUGACGUCAGAGCAGUAGUACUCA